AUGGUCAGCUCUUCUGUAUGGGAUACAGCUUCCAUGCUGGUUGUAAUCACUGCAAGUUUGGGAAGACUAUGGACAGAUACGUUCAUACUGGUUGUCAAUUGCAGGGACUGGAUCCAAAAGAAACGUCUGAGCCCCGUUGAUAGGAUCUUGACCUUACAAAGUAUAAGCAGGAUAUGUUUGGCGUGUUCUGAGACAUUCUGGUAUCUACUGGCAAAAUUUGAUCCUCAGAUUUCUCAAAACCUGCAUAUCUUCAAAGCAUCUAUGUCUGUCUUUUGGUUCUUUCUGUUUUGGAACCUCUGGCUCACAGCUUGCUUGUGCAGCUACUAUUGUUUGAAGAUCACAGACUUCAGUAACCCCUUCUUCAUCUAUUUCAAACUAAGGAUUUCAGGACUGGUACCUACGUGGCUCCUAGGUUCUGUGAUUUUGUCUUUGGCAAAUACCCUGCCUUAUAUAUGUGUAAACAUGGAAACGGUGGAUAACGGGGAGAUCUCCAAUUUCUUCAAAAAUAAAACCGAGAAUUCUAUUUAUCAGUCAAAGAUUCAAUUACACGUGCUUAUUUUGGUGGGCCUUGGAUCUUCUGCAGCUUUCAGUUUAUGCAUUACUUCUGCCUUUCUGUUAAUCUUUUCUCUCUGGAGGCACAGUCAGAAAAUGCGAACUGCAUCAAUCAGCUCCAGGAGCCCUAGCGCUGCUGCCCACGUCCAGGCAGUGAAAAUUAUACUAUUCCUCCUCAUCAACCAUGUUGCUGCCUUCCUAGCUAUGCUGAUGAUAUUUUCAAGCAAUUUUGAUAGAAAUAGCUUUGCUACCUUUGUUGCUGUCUCUUUUACACACUGGUGUCCUUCGGUGGAUUCUUUCAUAUCAGUUUGGGGCAACACAAAAUUAAAAAAUGAGUUGCACAAGCUUUUGUAUUUUGCUAAGUGCAAGGGGCGAUAUUGUUAA